GGAAAGGAUAAAUAGUUUACGUUUGUUCAAAGGCAAGCGUUUCAAAAAGGUGACAAGAAAUAAAUGUCCGAUUACCAUAGUGGUUUGAAAUGAUAGGCUUUUACAUCAUGAGGUUUAAGUAAAAUUGUUGAACAUCCUUGAAAAAAAAUGCAAUAUUGAGAUAAAAUUGUUGAACUAUACGUGGAUGCGGUUCCUUUGUAUGAAUGGUUUGAUUACGCAAAAUCUAAAUGUUUAAAAUGAAAGUAUCAUACGAUUUAAAACCAAGCAUAUACACAAUGUGCAAAUGUUAGUUUCAUAAGUAGGAUAUAGUGUAGCUGCAACACCUAAACAUGACUUCAUCACACGUGGAGGUAACCACAGUUUUAGGAAUAGGAUUUGGGUUUAUUGCUCUAGUGUUUGUUUUAUUCUUGUAUGUGAGCAAAAUAAGAUGUUUUAGUACAUCAUCUUCAUUUUUGCCAUUUGAAGACCACCUUAUUCCAGAAAGCACAUACCAUCGUAUUCGGAGCAGGUUUGCAUACGAUGGGCAUAAUAGUUCAGAUUCUGAAGACGAAACAAUUCGACGGUUGCAACUACAGUCAUGCGACAAAAUGCUUAAUAGAUCGUCUUACAAUCAAAAUAAUGGCACUAAAGAUGAUCCUAUUAGCCAUUUCAAUAAUAUUCAUAAAAUAUUAUCUUGUAAGAACGGUUCUUCGACAGAUCCAUUGGCAAUGGCGGAAGGUGGAAAGGUGGGAAUAACUAAUUCUUGCAAUGAUUCAAGCUAUUCUGAAGCAACUUUAGCUGCACCAAUUAAAAUAUCAUUAGAUGCUCAGAAAAACACCCUUUCAUAUGCCGCAAUAUUACCAUACGCCAACAAUACGGAGUGUAAAACUAAAACCAAACUAUUGCUGCCUGAACUGACCAAGGAAAAUGAUGAACGAGCCUUGCGCUGGCAGCUGAAAAGUACAUCUAAUGCAUCUAUUUUAAAAGAGAGCAUCAGCGGGGAAAAUGAUUCGCAUCCCGAAAUAAUAAAUCGGAAGAAUAAAAUGUGUGUUGAAGAAGCUACCAACGAUCUAACUGCAGCUAAUUGUGAGCAUGCAUCAGUGCAAGAGCAUAAUAGCUUAGAUGAAGAUAGCAGUAUUAACAAUGAUUGCAUUCUCGUCUUAUCGCAAGAGCGGUUGUACGACACAAGCGACAUAAAGUCAGUUAAAUCGGAUUUAGAUAAUACUGCCAAUGUCCUCGAAAGUACGUUACCAACAACUAACUCCAACGGAUGUUUAGAGAUCGCGUUGCUAUAUGACGCCCCGAUGCGCAAAAUGACUGUACAUGUGCUACAGGCAAAAGGGAUUGCAAGCAGAAGUGAUAAAGGACAAUUAACUCACACACAAGUCCGUUUUUUAAUGUUACCAUCUAAAAAGCAAAAGCACAAAACAAAGAUCCGCUCUGGAGAAAAUCCACAGUUCAUGGAAAGUUUUCUAUUGCAUAGAGUCAAUCCCGAGGAAGUAAACUCAAUGGGUUUGCGUAUUCGGGUGUAUGGAUGUGAACGGAUGCGCAGGGAACGGCUUAUUGGAGAAACCAUCGUAAGCUUUGCAAACAUAGAUUUAGAGCUCGAGACCAACUUAUGGCUUCAUUUAGAACCGCGUGGUUCAAGCACGGACACAACAUCAACGAGUGACUUGUUGAGCAUUACUAGAUCCGAUAGUACAGGUUCCACCUCUUCAAUGCAGCAUGGUGGCGUACCUGAAUUAUUGCUUGGGCUAGGAUACAAUGGAAUUACCGGGAGACUAACAGUUGAAAUCGUGAAAGGUAGUUAUUUCAGAAAUCAUUAUCUAUCGAAAGUACCAGAUACCUACGUCAAAAUGUGUUUGGUUAGUAGUAUGGGCCACGAAAUAGCACGGGCUAAGACAUCAACACGCCGAGGACAACCAAAUCCAUUGUUCAAGGAAACAUUCAUUUUUCAGGUCGCUUUGUUUCAACUCAAUGAUGUUACAUUAAUUAUUUCAGUCUACGCCAAACGUAAUAUGAAACGUAACGAAAUGGUGGGUUGGUUUAGUAUGGGUUUGAACUCAAGUGGACCUGAAGAGAUGACUCAUUGGAACGAAGUGCGUGAAACUUGUUCACGAUCGGAAUUGAUUACACGUUGGCACGUUUUGGUUGAUUCAUGAUUUUAAAUUCUAAAUUGAUAAAAAGGCUUUGAAAAAUAGUCUCAUUCGAAACCGUUAAUAUGAUAAAUUAACAAAGUAGAAAAUGAUAUAUUUUCACAAUCUUUCAAAUAUUGGUGUAUCCCUCACUAUUCGAUUUCAACAUCACAGAGGAUUGUUUAAGUUUCAAAUAAAGUGUAAGGCUGGAGAAACAAAUUACUUGUCAAUUUUAAGUAAUAUAUCAUUAAAAAAGCUCUACUUCUGAAUGAAUUAAGAUUAAUUGUUUUGGUCAAUUGCUUUCAGAGGCACUUUUAUUUUUUACCACUGCGUUCCGCAAUAUUUACCUUAAAACUAUAUCCAGAAACAAUCAAGUGAUUUAAAAAAUAAACCAAGUGUAUCAUAUCUUUCAACCUAUCCACGACUUAGGUGAUCUUAUAUGACUACUAGCUUGACCCCGCGUGCGUCGCUACGCGUGAA